GAAAGAAUAAGUUGCAUGUUUAAUUAUUCAAACGAUAGCUCGUUAUUUUUGCUUUGUGCUGGCAACGCCGUGGAUCCUGCGCCUGCGCUGUUUCGUCGGUGGUGGAAACAACAAAAGGACAAUAAAUAACAAGCCAAACUGGAAUGGGCCACAACACAACAAUUGUCUCGCGCCGCCUUUAGCGGCAUCGAUUUUGAAGGGGAACACAUAUCCACAGACACAGUCACACCGGAAUCGGAAGGACACCCACGGGGAUUUGCGCGAUUGCAAGGACCAAGGAGCAAUCGAAGGGGAAAGCGAAGGAAGAACGAGUCCAGCUCGUUUGCCGAUCCAGUUUUGACCUCAGAUGUCCUCAGACAGACGCUACUACUUCGGAGCGGAUCUGGAGGACAAUGAGGGUGCCAUCUGCAAGGAUAACGCCACCAACAACAACACCAAUAACACGGAGGCGGAAGCGGACAAAGACGACCAUGACGCCGACGACUCGGAGUUUCUGCAGGAUGUGCCCUAUUCGUCGAGCAGCAUUGAUCGCAGCUCGGUGGGCUCCAUUCCCUGGGCGGACGAUGCCAUCAAGAAGAACCUGCUGGACUGGGAGCGGGUGGAGCGGCUGAUGAGCGGCGAGGAUCCCCUGCUCCCCCAGGAUGAGGAGCUCCAGGAGCCGGAAUUGCGCAACGAGAUUGCCGACUGGCAGAGGAAGUUCCCUUGUUUGCUGGGCCGCAGGACUCGGCACCACAACAGCUUCGAUAGCCAGACGCGGGAGGAAAUCGACUCCAUUUCCAAUCUCAGCCUAAACUCCCUGGAGGAUGAGGACGAUGAGGAGGCGGAGGAUGGUUUCCUCACACCCAAGGCCGAGGAACCGCGCUCCUACCUGCGUCCCAGCCAGAAGAAGCUGGUGGAUCUGCUGGACAGGGAUCUAAGGGUCACCUCCGUCUCGGUGAAGCUGCUCAAGCGCCAGCGAAGCCACCACCAGCCGCCCAUCCUGCCCAUCUCCUCGGCCACCAACCACCAGCAUGCCACCAACCACUCGGCCCGCCUGCGCAUGCCGCCCAUCCUGAAUGUGCUGGACACCAACCGGCGCUUCCGGGGACUGCUCAACAACCGCAGCUUCGUCCAGCUCACCCAGGUGCAGCAGAAGGAGCAACUGCAUCAGGCCAAGUCCGCAGUGCUGCCGCACCAGGGCCACCAUCGCUCCUCCGCCUGGCACAUGCCCAUGGCCGCCAACCGCUUCUUCAGCAACAGGAACGCGGUGGUGCUGCCCUCGCUAAAUCUGGGCAGGCACAGCAGGGAUCUGCUGGCAACCGCCAACAACACCGCCACGGCCACCUCCAGCCAGAGCAACUCGAGCGGCGGCGGCGGGCACAACAGCAACAGUAGUUCCUCCAACCGCUCCACCAUGCACAGGCACAUGCACAUGCACAUGCAUCCGUUUGGGGCCACCAGCGUCGUGUCCAGCAACACGCACACACCAUCCACGGGGCGGUCCAUCUCGGCGGCAGUGCACCAUCCGCGCUCCGAGUUCGCCCCCAGCAGCGCGUUCUACAUACCCUACAGUGCCUCGAAAUUCAAAGCCUUCAAGUAACCUCAAAACAAUAAAACCGAACUCAAAAGA